AUGGCGGUAGGCCUGGCUAAUGGAAGACAUGCCGCCGAGGAGGAGGCGCGCGCUGAAGUAGAUGUCCUCAAUUCCCGCCUCGAAAAGACGACCCAGCUCACCAAGAAGAUCGAAGCAUGUCUCGUGAGGCUUGAAUCUACUGGCAAGAGUGUCCGGGAAGUGGCUGGACCUCUCAACGGGGAGACCAAAAAGCUGCAGGUUCUUGGUCACAACAUCGACAACGUUCUUUCCGCCAUUGAGAGACUACGGGCACCAGCCGACAGCAAAAACGAUGAGGAGCAAAUCAUUCGGAUGGGCCCCGAGAAGGCGGACCUACCCAACUACCUAAACUCUUUGAAACGCUUGAACAAGGCCCUGGUCGACAUGAAAGCAUCGAACCUUCGAUCGAACCAACAGACAAUGAAUGAUCUGCAACGUCUGGUCACUUUGGGAACUACUCAGCUGGCAACUCUCUUUGAUAAACUACUGCGCAGCGAAACACCACGUUCUUUGGAGCCUCUGCAUUACAUAACAAAGGACAAGCCAUUUCCCGUCCUAUCGCGAGACAACGUCAACCGCCUGGGGCCCAUAUACUCCUUUGUGGCAGGAUCAAACAGGCAAGGGAAAGGCAUUGGGUCCGAAUCCACGAUUGCUCAGGUAUACUCGGAGGUUCGUGGCCCGUAUUUGGCUGAGACCCUGGCCAACUUGGCCGCCGCAAGUGUCAACACGGCAAAGAAGAAGAAUCCGGAUGCAGUUUACCGCGCCGGAACCAAUGGCAUUGGCACCUAUGCGCAGGCCAUGGAGCGUCUGUUCCAGGCCGAAUAUGAGAAUAUCACGAGGAUAUUCACUAGGGAAGACUGGGCCCCUCUUUUCCAAGCCACUUGCCAGAAUGCGAUUGUGGAGCUUUCUCGUACCCUUCGGGAGAUCAACGCUCACAUCAAAGUUCAUCUGAAUACGGAUUGCUUUCUUGCUUACGAAAUCGUUGAGAUCAUCUCUGGAAUGUCAAGUCGCCUUGAGGAUCUCCGCGCAGCCUUCGCCGCCUGUCUUAAGCCGGUCAGGGAAACGGCCAAAACUUCACUUGGCGAACUCAUAGAGGACACCAAGAGAAAGGUUGCCAACAUGCAGUCCAUUCCAGCCGAUGGAGCACCCUCUCCUAUUAUUGCAGAGACUAUGCAGCGACUGCAAACUAUGGUAGAGUUUUUGAGGCCUGUCUCCAGCAUAAUGAUAUCAAUUGGUAAUGGCGGGUGGAAGUCGCUGGCCUCAUCACGCGGCGGUGGCGAUGCCUUGCCAAGUCUGGCCUCCUUUGACGUUGGAGCGAAUGGUCAAGAGAUAUUUGCGGAUUACUGCAGCGAUACCAUCGAUAUUCUUCUGCUCUCGCUGGAUGGCAAGGCGCGGAUGAUGAACGGAAAGAAGCCGGUCGUUGGCGUCUUUAUAGCAAACAGCAUUGCCAUCACCGAGCGGUCGAUUCGCGAGUCAGAUCUGGCGCCUUUGAUGGAGACGCGCCUGGGCAUAUUGGAAACAUACCGCAAGAAGGCGAAGCUCUACUACACAGAGCCUUGCAAGGAUGUGUCGAUGCAUCUUUUCGACGUCAUUCAUACGAGCAAGUCGGCUCGCCCAUCAUCAGGCCAGGCUUCUGCAGACUCGGCAACCAUCCUUAAGCAGCUUAGUUCUAAGGACAAGGAAAGUAUCAAGAACAAGUUCACAUCUUUCAACGCUGCCUUUGAUGACAUGGUGGCACGUCACAAGUCUUUCAGCAUGGAGCGUGAAGUGCGUCAAAUGUUUGCCCGCGACAUGCAGCAAAUGCUAGAGCCGCUUUACGUCCGUUUCUGGGACCGAUACCACGAAGUCGACAAAGGCAAGGGCAAGUACGUCAAAUACGACAAGGCUGCCAUUGGCGCCGUUUUCGCCAGUCUUUACUGA